AUGCCUGUAGCACUAAGAAGGACCAAGUCGCGCUUGCAGCUAGUACAUGCCCUCAUAGUCGUUCUGGUCCUGUGGUCGAGGAAGGUGUCGGAGUCUUUCGAACCUCUCAUUCAGGCAAGUACGUUAACUUUAAUAGGUCUCCAUCGCCUGAUAGAUGACUUUCAGAGUCCCUCAGCAAAAUUGCAGAACUACCAGAACGUCCGUGGCCUGAGGAUGAAGAUAGACGACUUGUUUUUGACAGCUGUAGAUUCCAACUACGAUGUCAUAGUUCUCACCGAAACCUGGCUCGAUGAGCGAAUUAAUUCGACACAUAUGUUUGGCAGUGUGUAUACUGUAUUUCGUAAUGACCGUAAUCAUCAGAAUAGUUCCAAAUCACGCGGAGGUGGAGUUUUGAUUGCAAUUUCAAACCAUUUUAGUUGCUGUCGCGACCCUACUCCGAAUGACCUGGCUCUAGUUCUUGGCGAUUACAAUCAGUCCGGGCUUACUUGGAACGUCACUGAGAAUGAUCAUCCCAUCAAUAAUGUCCUACAUUCGAAUAUACCGGCUUCCUAUUGUACACUCCUGGACGGUUUCAGUCUGCAUAACCUAACGCAAAUCAACAAGAUUCUGAACAUAAACUCUCGGAUUCUUGAUUUUGUGCUAGUAAAUGAAGCUGCAAUCCCGGAAUGUUCUGUCAUUGAAGCUUCUGAACCGUUGAUCGGCAUCGACAAUCACCACCCCGCAUUGGAAAUUCCUAUUAAUUUAUCGUUGCCCGUUCGCUUUGACAAUACAGCUGAUGUGCGUGAGCUCGACUUUCGAACAACUGAUUCCGUUGCAUUGCGUCAGUUAUUUGCCCGGACAGAUUGCCAGUUCCUGGACUCUCACUUUACAAUAGAUGAAGCCGUUAACUGUUUCGAGAAGAUCGUGAGCCGAGCUAUAUCUGACUGUGUACCGUUGAGCAGAACUGCUCCGAAGCCCGCUUGGUCCAAUGCUCGACUACGUCAUCUGAAACGACUGAGAUUCAAGGCGCUCCGCAAGUACUCUCGCACUCGCAACUCAAUCACCAAACGUUUGCUCUCGGUUGCCAGCAAGGAAUAUCGAUCGUACAACCGUUUCCUUUACAAUAGGUAUACUAGGCGUCUACAGGAUAAUCUACGACACAAUCCAAAGCAGUUCUGGUCGUUUGUGGAGACAAAAAGGAAGGAGGAUGGGCUACCAGUGGAGAUUCACUUGGGUAAUAAAACUGCCUGCACCUCAUUGGAAAAAUGUAAACUACUGUGUGAGCACUUCAAAAGUGUCUUCAACUAUUACUCCGCCUCGUCGACCCAAGUUGAUCAUGCGGUAAGGGACACUCCUAGAGAUGUUUUCGAUUUUGAUAUUAUCACGAUUUCACCAGCCAUCAAAAAACUGAAAUUCUCCAACGCUGCUGGUCCCGACGAAAUUCCCUCGAAUAUGGAAGCCGGAGUGCAGGUGGAUGUAGUGUACACAGACCUCAAGGCUGCUUUCGACAGGAUCGACUACACUAUACUACUGGCUAAGCUUGAGAAGCUUGGUGUAUCUCCAAGACUUGCUCGUUGGUUCAAGUUAAGACCAACCAACUGA